CAUAAAUGUAGACCUCUAUGUGAAAAAUAUUAAUGUCCCUUUGGAAUAAUUAAGGACAAAUGUUACACUUUAAUAUUUUUGUUUAACUACUAGGACUAUAUGGAGAUAUCAGAACGUGGAAAAACAUCUGGAUUUAAGUGCAUAUAAUACUUUUAUUUUGACACCCACAGUCCUUGCAGACACCAGAAGUAAAAAAAACCUACUCGUUUAAGUUUUGUGAAAAUAGCACAGAACUGUUCCAGAUCGUCUUCCGUUGGCCAGUAUUAGAUCUUUUGUUGCAAAAUUGAGUUGGCUUACUGGCCGUUUUCAUCAGGACUACUCAGAUGAUUCCAUUAUUUGUCUGUACUAUUGGAGAGAUAGGACCUUAACCCAGGAUGCACCCAGACCUUUCUCCGCAUUUGCACACGGAUGAAUGCAAUGAGCUGAUCACGCUACUGAAACAAUGUCACAAGGAGCACAACGUCCUCAGGUUCUUUGGGACUUGUAACGAUUUUGACCGAGCCAUGCGGCAGUGCCUGAAGAAAGAGUACCAGGUGAAGAGGCAGCAGAGCUGGGAGCAUGCGCAGGAGAUGAAGCAGAGGAUAAAACUGGGCCCUAAGGAUGGGACUAAUAAAGACUGAGUCACCUUCAGAACAACAGAACUUCAAAGCACCAGAGGGUGCUCAUGGGCACUCACAGAAAAGCUUAACUGGAUUUUAAAUGUUUCUUUUGAGGAUCUGCUCAGUAAAAUAUGAAAGAAUUAAGUUUUGAAGACUUUGAAAGAGGUUCCUCUCCUUAGACCAGAGUCUCUGAACUGGAACUCUUCACUAGAGCUGUUCUGAAGGUUCAUCCUGCAGUGGGCCAUGUGGCGGUCUGACAGUUUGAACGCACAAGACACCUUUCCUGCUUUCAUGGUGUAUUUAAAAAAAACAUCAUUUAAAUCACAUAUUCAGAUGUUGUGAAUAAAAAAAUGAAAUAAAAUUACUUAUCUACACAGCCUUCUUGAAU